CGUGCAGCAACUUGAUGAACCGUGACCACCACGUCGGCCUGCACAGGUCUAAAGUCGACUUUCUCUUCGUUACGCUCGAUAACCCGCGCUCUCGGACAAAAUGCCGUCCACAGCGAAUGCGGCGGACCCCAUCCCAAUAGAGACGUCCCAUGAGGACAUGAUCCACGACGCGCAAAUGGACUACUACGGCAAGCGCAUCGCCACAUGCUCGUCGGACCGCACAGUGAGGGUGUUCGACGUGGUCGACGGGGAGACACCAAAGGGACAGACACUCAGAGGACACACCGGGCCCGUGUGGCAGGUCGCCUGGGCACACCCCAAGUUUGGCCACAUCCUCGCGUCGUGCUCGUACGACGGCAAGGUCAUCAUCUGGAAGGAGCAGCCUGCGCAGGGCCCGUCCCCGGGUGGCUGGGCGAAGAUCAAGGAGCACACCCUGCACAAGGCGUCCGUCAACUCCGUUUCAUGGGCCCCCCAUGAGCUGGGCGCGAUCCUCGCGUGCGCGUCCUCCGACGGGACCAUUUCCGUCCUCACGUUCAAGAACGACGGCCAGUGGGGCGCCGACGUGUUCGACGGACACGCCAUCGGCUGCAACGCGGUCUCCUGGGCGCCCGCUGUGCAGCCCGGGUCUCUGAUCGCGCCGCAGCCGACCGCGUCGCUCCCCGGCCAGCCGUCUGCGGGGCUGCAGAGCGUGAAGCGCUUCGCGAGCGCGGGCUGCGACAACCUCGUGAAGAUCUGGGGCUUCCGCGACGACACGCAGGCGUGGAUCGAGGAGGAGGUGCUCGAGGGGCACACAGAUUGGGUGCGCGACGUCGCGUGGGCGCCGAAUAUUGGGCUGCCCCGGAGCUAUAUUGCGACAGCGUCCCAGGACAAGACGGUGCUGAUCUGGACGAAGGACACGCCGACGUCGCCGUGGGUCAAGACGGCGCUCGACGCGUCGUCGGUGUCGGUCUCGCCGACGUCGGGGGCCCCUGCCACAGCGGGGAAGUUCCCAGACGUUGUGUGGCGCGUGUCAUGGAGCCUGGCAGGGAACAUCCUCGCGGUGAGCUGUGGCGACGGGAAGGUGACUUUGUGGAAGGAGAACCUGAAGGGUGUGUGGGAGUGUGUGAGCGACAUGACGAGCUAGGUGCUUUCUCUCCUGUAGUCUACUUCUUUGGCCGGACUAUAUGCAUUCAUUUCAUGUUUUU